GUCCGUGGCUGGAAAGUCACACCAUUAUAUAAUUGACUUAACUGAGAUCACAAGUUCACAACCCAAGCAUAGUCACACUAAAAAGAUCAGAAGAAGAACUAAUCAUCAAAGUUUGUAAGACUUUGUGGGAAAUAAAUACUAAGCACUCAGCUACAAUCUUUUGAUCCCUCUUCAUUUGUGGGAAAUGCUAGAAUCUUUCUCCAACUAGAAGUCAUGAAAAACAUGCUAUGGGAUCCAAGGAUUGUAAUUGAGUGCUUGGUGGAAUUUUCCCUUCUAAGUUGUUGAAAGACAAAUUCAUGUAACUAAGAAAUGUCAAAUUCGAAAAGCUUGUUGGCAUUCUACCACAAAUAUGAUUUUUUGACAAGUUGAGUGAUUCUAACCUUUCCAUAUGACCGAUCUUGUUGGGAAUGAAUCCUGUUAGAUUAUCCCCUUAAAGGUUUAAACCAACUAAUGCCACCAGUUUUGUUAUACUUUGAGGAUAUUGCCAACGGUUGUCCAUUAGCAGCUGCGGUCACAACUCCAAAAAUUGCAAGUGUGAUGUCCCAGAACCCGUUAUCUACUGCUGGUGGGAACCCGGUAUCUACUGCUGGGGGGCUUGCAGUGCUCAAGAUUCUGAAUAACGAGAAGCGUCACGCUCAUUGCGCUGAUGUUGGUUCUCACCUGCUUAAGCGUUUGAGAUCACUUCAGCAACGGCAUGACAUCAUUGGUGAUGUGAGGGGACGAGGAUUAAUGGUGCGGGUAGAGCUAGUUACAGACCAGAAAAACAAGACACCGGCAAAGGCUGAAACGGCUGUCUUGUUCGAAAAACUUAGAGAGCUUGUUGUUCUAGUUGAGAAAGGAGGACUGCAUGGAAAUGUUUUCAGGAUUAAGCCUCCAAUGUGUUUCAGUAAAGAUGACGCAGAUUUUCUUGUAGAUGCCCUGGAUUAUUCUAUGACAAAGUUGUAGAUUUCCUUGAUAAGGCAAACUGCUAUAUCGAAAAUCAUUUGUAAACAUGUGUUUUGAAUUUGCAAAUAAUGUAAAAUAUGAUUCCGUUAUGCUAUGUAAAUUGUUAUUGUUCAUUAAAGAUUGGACGGUUCAAAUCUUGUUCAAUCAAGAUAAACACCUCAUAUUUGAAUCUCGGAAAUCAUAUUUUACAUUAUUUGCAAAUUCAAAACACAUUUAGAAAAAAUUAGUAUGUUCAGAGAUUUCUAGAGCAUGCCAAAGAAUAAAAUUGUCUAGGAAUGUUCAAAACACCUAGCCUAACUUACAAGUUAUACAUAUUUUACAUUAAAAUUUACGAAUAUCAAUAGACUCGCCAUAAUCAUCUAUUCA